AUGAUGAUGAUGAUGAUGAUGAUGAUGAUGAUGAUGAUGUUGAUGAUGGUGAUGAUGAUGAUGAUGAUGAUGAUGAUGAUGAUGAUGAUGAUGAUGAUGAUGAUGAUGAUCAUGAUGAUCAUGAUCUUGAUCAUGAUCAUUAUGAUCAUGAUCAUGAUGCACAGUAGAACGAAAAAGGUCAUGAAUGGCAUGCAGUUAAUGCAUAUUCUAGAACCACCGGAACACAAGGACGUUUGCAAGAUAGUGACUUAG